AUGGCGGACGUGGCACUGGCCGGCUUACGGUGGGUGGUAUCGCCAAUCGUCAACAAGCUCCUCGCUGAAGCUUCAACCUACCUCAGCGUUGACAUGGCGCAGGAGCUCCAAGAACUGGAGACCACCGUCCUGCCACAGUUUGACCUGGUGAUUGAAGCAGCAGAGAAGAGUCCCCAUAGGGACAAGCUGAAGGCAUGGCUCCAGCAGCUCAAAGAAGCCUUCUAUGACGCCGAGGACCUGUUGGACGAGCACGAGUUCAACCUCCUCAAGCGCAAAGCGAAGAGUGGGAAGGACUCCGUACUGGAGGAGGAUGCCUCCUCCAUGAAAUCAACUAUUCUGAAGCCUUUUCAAGCUGCAACGAGCAGGGCUCGCAACUUGCUCCCUAACAACAGAAGGCUAAUUCGCAAACUUCAUGAACUGACGGACAUCUUGGCGAAAGCCCAGGAUUUCCGUGAGCUUCUUGGCUUGAAAGCUGCUAUCCCUGCUGUACCAACAACUGCUGCUCCUCCCACAACGACAUCACUUCCCACUUCAAAGGUGUUCGGUCGUGACCAAGAUCGUGAUCAUGUAGUGGAUAUUCUUCUCAACAAGUCGACAGCUCCUGAGGCAAGUUCAUCUAGAUUUUCAGGUUUGGCUAUUAUUGGAGCUGGAGGCAUGGGGAGAUCUACCUUGGCACAGUACGUCUAUAAUGACAAGAGGGUAGAAGAAUAUUUUGAUGUCAGGAUGUGGGUCUGCAUCUCACAAAUUGAAGAUCAGCUGUUGCGGCUGAAAGAACAGACUGCAGAGAAGAUUGCUGAAAGGCUUGGACAAUCUCCACUGGCAGCAAAAGUUCUGGGUUCCCGGUUGAGCAGGAAAAAGGAUGCGAGUGAAUGGAAUGCUACUCUAAAGAUUGACAAUCUAAGCGAGCCCAGGAGAGCUCUGUUGUGGAGUUACGAGAAGUUAGAUCCACUUACGCAGAGGUGCUUUCAGUAUUGCAGCUUAUUUCCAAAAGGCCACAAGUAUAACAUUGACGAGAUGGUUCAUCUUUGGGUUGCAGAGGGCCUCGUUGAUUCAUACAAACUGAGUAGGAGAAUGGAGGAUGUUGCAACUGAAUACUUCAAUGAGAUGGUCUGUGGAUCUUUCUUUCAGUUGGUUUCUGAAAGAUAUAUUGGUCCAUGGUAUAUCAUGCACGAUCUCCUUCAUGAUUUGGCAGAGUCACUGGCUAGAGAAGACUGCUUCAGAUUAGAAGAUGAUAAGGUGACAGAAAUAGCAUGCACUAUUCGACAUCUAUCCAUUCGUGUUGAGAGUAUGGAAAAGCAUAGACAAAUUAUCCACAAGCUACAUCAUUUACGUACUGUUAUCUGCAUCGAUCCACUGAUCGAUGAUGCAAGUGAUCUUUUUGAUAAGAUACUGCAGCAUAUGAAGAAGUUGCGUGUAUUAUGUUUGUCAUUUUACAACAGCAGCAAGUUGCCUGGAUCUGUUGGUGAGCUGAAGCACAUUCGGUAUUUGAACCUCAUCAGGACAUUAGUUUCUGAGCUCCCAAAAUCAUUAUGUACUCUUUAUCACUUACAAUUUCUUUUGUUAAAUGGCAAAAAUAUCACCGGAAAGGGCGAAGCCUUGGAGUCGAAGCUAUAUCAGAAAAAUCGUCUCAAAGAGUUGCAGCUUGUCUGGAGUGGCGAGAAUGAUAUGGAUGCAGAAGAUAGUUUACACUUGGAUAUUCUAGAAGGUCUGACACCACCGCCUCAACUGAGUGGCCUCGCAGUCAAUGGUUUUAUCACCAAAAAGGAGCUGGAACAGCAUGAUCUGAGGAAAAACAUAAUUACCGACUACCUGGCAUCUAAACUUGCAUCGUUAUGGGAGGUGGAUUCAGGGUCAUGUAUUAGGAGUGUACUAUUAGAAGAACAUUCAUCUCUGAAGCAGUUGGUGACAUUGAUCGAUGAUGACAUAUCAAAACAUCUCCGAAUUAUACAAAUGGAUCCUCGACAUGAAAAGAGAGAUGAAUUAUUUGUGAAAGAAGAUUCCAUCAGGGCAUGGCUAUGUUGCCAUGAACAGAGGAUGAGGCUCAUUUAUGGAAGGAGCAUUGCACUGCCACUGGUUCCAGCAUCAGGGCUUCGGUGUCUUGAGCUUGACUCAUGCAGUAUUACAGAUGGAGCUUUAGCUGCUUGCCUUGGUGGCCUGGCUUCAUUGGAAACCUUGGCUUUAGAUAAGAUUAUGACUUUAACUGCGCUUCCUUCAGAAGAGAACUUACAUUUGACAGAGGUUCGAAACCUCUCUGUUGAGUGCAUCUCACAGUUCCGUGUCCAGGAAUCACUCACUGCUAGUAGCAUCGAAUUGCUAAACCACAUGCUCAUGGCGAAGGUUUUACAAUCCCAAUGUCUCUUUCUCUUCAAGAUUGCAAGGAAUCAUCAGUUACGUUUGAAGAGUCUGCAAGUUUCUCAUCUGUCAAGCAUCUGA